ACGGUAAAGGAAGUCACGCGGCACUCGCUUUCUUCUCCCACACGUCUCCUCCCCGCGUCCUCCCCCUAAAAAUCCCCAAAUCCGACCAAACCCUAGGCAAAAUCCACUCCCCUCCGCUUCCUUCGCUGCUAAGUAUAUCCCCUGGGCUCCGAAUCUCCUACCGGGUUGGGUCUUGUAGUCGUUGGAUGAGAGCUUGGGACAGUGGAGGAGGAUGACGGUGAUGGAGCUCAAGGCGCUACCGCUCGGUUUCCGGUUCCACCCCACCGACGAGGAGCUCGUCAGGCACUACCUCAAGGGGAAGAUCACGGGGCAGAUCAAGAACGAGGUCGAGGUGAUCCCGGAGAUCGACGUCUGCAAGUGCGAGCCGUGGGACCUCCCAGAUAAAGCUUUGAUCCGCUCGGAGGAUCCAGAGUGGUUCUUCUUUGCACCCAAGGACCGCAAAUAUCCCAAUGGAAGCAGGUCAAACAGGGCGACGGAGGCCGGGUACUGGAAGGCUACCGGGAAGGACAGGGUCAUCAAGUCCAAGGGCGAGAAGAAAAAGCAGCAUAUGAUUGGCAUGAAGAAGACCCUUGUGUUCCACCGAGGACGUGCUCCAAAAGGGGAGCGCACUGGUUGGAUUAUGCACGAGUACCGCACCACCGAGCCAGAGUUUGAGUCUGGCGAGCAGGGUGGCUAUGUUCUGUACCGCCUAUUUCAAAAGCAAGUGGAGAAAACUGAGCGCUCCAUUCCGGAGGAAAUGGAUAGAAGUGGCUACUCUCCCACUCCAUCUCGUUCUACUCCUGACAAUAUGGAAGCAAACGAGGAAGCUAUCACACUCAUAAAUAAGGAAUCUCCUGAAUCUGGUCUGCAUGGAUGUCCAAUUGAGUUGCCAUGUACAAUUGAAACUCUGGGCGCCCCGGUUACAAGGUGGCUUGCAGACCGAAAUGGCAAUCCCGGGACAGAUGAAGCAAACGAUGUAGGCAUGCCUUUUCAUCGUGGUGUCGAUGAAAGUCCCAAGCAGGCCGAUCUGUCAGUUGGCUCUCUGGCUCACCUAAUUGAUUCACAGACGAAAAAUCUCGGUUCUCAUGAGUUUGCCACCGUUUCUGCCCCCAUGUUACCGGAUGACCAUUUGGACAAUCUUCUACUUCAUUUAACUCAUAAUUCGGUGGAAGAUUUCUUGAAUGAAACAAUUGCUGAUCCAGACGAGCUUUCGUCAACUGCAUGUAAAGUUCAGUACGAUUCAGACAAUGGGAUUAUGCAGGCUCAGGGUGAUUUGCUAUAUGAUGAUCCAAACUGGUUUGGUAAUUUUCUGUCAGAUGACACAAAUCCACAACCAAGUGGAUUAUAUGAGAAUGCACCAUUGCUUCCUUAUGGCACUAAUCCUGAUGUACUUUCCAUGGACUCCGGCGACGAGUCCUUGCAAGAUUUGUUCAAUAGCAUGGACGAUUCAAGUUGGCAGAAUGAUGUAUGGAGCAACGGAUUUGGAUUUAAUCCCAUGCAUCAGCAGUUACAGUCUACUGUGCAUCCGAACUAUAUAUUUUCUCAACAGGGCAUUGCACGCAGGAGGCUUCGGCUACUAGAUUCAUUGUCUGAUGUCAAUGUUGAGAGUAGAGAGAGCAUGACCAGAGAUGAACAUGAAGAUGAAGAAUCAGAUAUUGUAACUUCGAAAUAUAGGAGUGAAUCUGUUGAAUCAUCUGCAGAUGUAGAUGAGUCUGAGUCAACCGGGGUUACUAUUAUGAGCCGGCGCCGUGCUCUAACUAAAAGUGUGCCUUCCGACCGCGAUGAUGCUGAAUCAACGGGGAUUACUAUUAUGGGCCGGCGCUCUGCUCCAAGUUCAAAUGCGCCUUCCGAUGAAGCUGAUGCUGAGGCAACAGGGAUUAAUAUUGUGAGCCGACGCACUGCUCCAAGUUCAAGCACAGAUAACUCAUUUACCACCGAACAGGGGACUGCAGUGCGAAGGUUGCGGCUACAAUCGAACCUUGACGCAGGAUCAUGUUCCAGUGUUGAUGGUUUGUCAAGUUGCAUUAUAGAACAUGGAAGUGAAAACGAAGGGCUGGAAGCUGAGAUUGACGAGCAUGUGGAUACAAACUUCCUUGAUGAUGUUGGUUUUGCUGGCAACAGUCAUGCUGAUGAGCAUAUGUACAUGCCUGAUCAUGAAGCUAAUUCUCUUACGAGGCUGCGGAAGACAGCAGAGAAAAGCGACAAGGAGAACAAGCAGGAGUGUGGUCCCCAGUCACAUGUGAGAGCACCAAGGAAGAGGGGAGGCUUCGCAGCACGCAUGAUCUUGCCAGUUCUGUCGGUGGCUCUUCUCGUUCUUGUUAGCGUUGGGGUCUACGGAUGGGCAUAAUAGCUCUCUUAAAAUGGGAUUUAAUGUGUCACAUUUUCCCCACAUCGGCUGUGAGCAUUGUACAUACUGUGUCUUACUGCCCGCGUUUAGACGGUUGUAAGACAGAGAAGUGUUUGUUCCCCUUUCGGCGGGGAAGUGUAAGUGAGGUAGCAAAUGAGAAGCGGGAUGAAGCAAGGAGCAAGUGUUGCUGUAGAUGCCUGUGACUUGGUACAUGCUAGUUUUCGUUUUUCUGUCACCGCAGGUGUUGGCAACCAGGUUGUAGUCAUCCAUUAUGCGUGUUGUUGUGAUGUUGUAAGGUCUGAACCUAAUUAGAUCUGUUGCAGAUCCUUUUUCCCA